AUGCUGCGCAAUGAUUCGCUCAGCUCUGACCAAUCUGAGUCCCUACGACCACCCCCGCCCCGCCCCUACAAGAGCAAACGGGGCGGAAACAAGAGGCAGAUGUCUGUCAGCAGCUCGGAGGAAGAGGCUGGUUCGACACCAGAAUACACCAGUUGUGAAGAUGUGGAGAUUGAGAGUGUCAGCGAGAGAGGGGACUGGGAGUGCUGUCCACUGGACCCCACUGCGUGGCAUCAUCCGGUUACAUGGCAGCCCUCCAAGGAAGGUGAUCAUUUAAUUGGCCGAAUCACUCUGAGCAAGCGAACAGCCAUGCCAAAAGAGGCUGGGGCUCUGAUAGGGCUAAAGGUGGUCGGGGGGAAGAUUACAGAAACUGGGAGACUCGGGGCCUUCAUCACCAAAGUCAAGAAAGGAAGUAUAGCUGAUGUGGUGGGUCAUCUACGGGCCGGUGAGUCCAGAACCUCUCAGUUUGUAACUUAAAAAACUGUUAAUUGACUAA